AGCAAACUCCGCAACAUAGAAGCAAUCUGCUAUCAAUAUCUGUUGUAUACACUGGUCAACUCCGAUUUUUGUCGGCUGGGGUGCAAGGGUAGCGUUCAAGUUAAAAACGAGCAAGUCGAUAGAUUACAAAUCGACUUUACUUUAAAAACAUAAGUCAGAUAUAGCUAAACACGCAAACCUUAGCAGCAGAACAGUUUUGGUAUGCUACACGCAUCAUCUACUUCAAAUCAGUUUGUUCUUCGAUUAUACGUACAAAUUCUUACAAACAAAUCCAUAACAGCGAAAUCUGUCGUCAACACAUUAAGUGUAGACAAUGCCGGGUGCUAUUUUUUGGUUUAGAAAAGGUCUGAGGCUUCACGAUAAUAAAGCGCUUAUUGCGGCAGUGGAGUCAAGAGGGAAAAAGGUAUAUCCGGUAUACGUCUUAGAUCCCAAGUUUGUUAAUCCAAAGCAAAUGGGCUUGAAUCGUCUGCGAUUUUUGCUUGAGUGCCUUUUGGAUCUGGAUUAUUCUCUACGCACUAAACACAAUAGCCGUCUGAUAGUUCUAAGAGGGGAUCCUACCGUGGUGAUUCCUGAGCAGAUCGAGGCAUGGGAUGUCGAUCGACUGGUUUACGAAGAUGAGCCCGAACCACAUAAUGUAGAGAGAGACGAAGCGAUCAAAGCCGUACUGAAAGAAUCUAACAGCGCCUGCUUGGUUUACUGCACACCCGGACAUACUAUAUGGGAUCCCAAGUAUCUAUUGAAGAUCAACAAUGGCAAGCCGCCGUUGACCAUGCAAUCAUUCACCACAUUGGCCGAGAAAAAAGCUGAUCCGCCCGCUCGACCCAUCAACGCACCCACAGCAGAGGCAAUGCAGCUGAUGCUGCCCAGAGAUGUGCCGGAAACAGACAAGGCGGAAGGCGACAUGUACUCCGUCCCGGUUGUAGAAAAUGUGAAGGACUUUGUAGCCCUGUACUCCUCGCUUGGGGUAAACGGUGACCAAUGUACAAUAGACGAGGCCGAUGAGAAGGAAAACAAUGCCGGCACACCAAUCGUCAAAGGUGGCGAAACGGAAGCCUUGAAAAGACUUAGUAUUAAAGUGAAUAAUCGACACACAUGGGUAGCGACGUUUGCCAAGCCGGAUACAGCGCCAACGGCUUUUGAUCCUCCAUCGACGACUAUUCUUAGUCCUUACUUGGCAAAUGGGAGCAUAUCGCCGCGGCUCUUCUAUUACGCCAUUCUCGAUUGCUACGAAAAAAAUAGAAAGGAGAACGGACAUGCGCACACCAAAUCACCGACAUCGCUAAUGGCCCAAUUAUACUGGAGAGAAUUCUUCACGCUCUGUGGGCGAGAAUUACCACACUUUGGCGCUAUGGUAGGUAAUAGCAUAUGUAAACAAAUUCCCUGGAGUAGAGAUAUGGCUCUGCUGAGGGCGUGGGAGAAGAGCCAUACGGGGUUCCCUUGGAUUGAUUCAGUGAUGACUCAGCUGCGCACUACCGGCUGGAUCCAUCACCUGGCGAGGCACAGUGUGGCGUGUUUUCUGACGAGGGGCGAUCUGUGGGUGCACUGGGAGAUGGGUAGAGACGCCUUCGAAAGGCAUUUGCUUGACGCCGACUGGAGUCUCAACAACGCGAACUGGAUGUGGUUGAGUGCCAGUGGCUUCUUUCAUCAGUUCUACCGUGUGUAUAGUCCGAUUGCCUGGCCGAAGAAAACUGAUCCCAAUGGCGACCACGUCCGCCAUUUUGUGCCAGUACUGAAAGAUAUGCCCAAGAAAUAUAUCUACGAACCAUGGCUGGCACCAUUAACAGUCCAGAAAAAGGCCAAUUGCAUCAUCGGCAAGGACUAUCCCUACCCAGUUGUAGACCACAACACCGUCAAGAAUGCAAAUCUCACCAAGAUGAAGGAUGCCUAUGGCAGGCAUUCUGACGGUAAAAUCAACUGGGAAGAGGACGUCGCACAGAAUGUCUCGAAUGCUGACAAAGUCAUACAAACAACCGGGAUAGGCGAAUAUGAGUAUGUAUCCAAAGAUACGCACAACAGCGGUAAAAGGAAGGCGGUGGCCGCUCCAAGCGAAGUUGAUAGCGAUGAAAACACGGUCAAAGUGGAAGGUCAGAGUAGCGCCCCAAAAAAGGACAAAGCUAAAGAUAUUAAUUCGAAACCAACUCGAGGGAAUAGGAGCAAAAUAUUAAGGCAGACGACAUUAGAAUUCUGACGGCAAUAUCCGAUACAGGCUCAGGGGCUAUGUUAGAAUUAAAAGCCGACUUCAACAUUAGUGUUCGAAGCACGUUUGCGGUACUGUCAGGAGGUGGGUAAAUGCUGGCAUAAACAUCCUAUACUUUAGAAAUAUACUAUUUAAAUUUGUAGAAGUUUCCCGAGAUGAAUCGAGAACCCAAAGACCUGAUAUAGAUCUUAGCAAGUGUAUAUCACCAGUGAUUUUCAGAAUGACUAGAAGCAUUAAAGAUAGGAAAACCCAU